AUGGAGUAUGCAAAAACUGGAAGCGAUAGUAUCCAGGGACAAUACCGGGACAACAAAAGAAUCAAAACAUCUCUUCGUGAAGUGGAUCAGUGGGCACAAUCGUUUGAAAAACUUCUCUCUCAGCCCUAUGGCAGGUUGGUGUUUCAACUGUUCCUGAAGUCGGAAUUCUGUGAGGAAAACAUAGAGUUUUGGCUGGCAUGUGAGGACUUCAGAUCCAUAAAAAAUCAAGAGAUACUUGCUCUCAAAGCCAGGAGUAUUUAUGAAGAAUUUGUUCGGACAGAUUCUCCAAAAGAGAUAAACCUGGAUUACCACACCAGAGAAACUGUCGCCAUGAAUGUUCACCAGCCAACCCGGUUGUGUUUUGAAGAGGCACAGAAAAAAAUCUACAGUCUGAUGGAGAACGAUGCCUACCCACGAUUUAUUCAGUCAGACUUCUACAAGAACCUUUGUGCCUCCUAG